CUGUGUGAUCAGUUGUGAAGAUUUUUGCAGUAAAUGGUGACGAAAACAUCAGCAUCUAGUCCGAUUGCUGUCUGGAUGCAAAAGUGGGGAAGCUACGUGGAAAGUAUUCCCAAUAUUCUCCUUCGCGUCAAACAUCCCAAUUAUUUUGGAGAGGACAUUAGAGGUAUACCGGAUUUCUCUGGAGAUGUCAUGGAUGUCGACUGGAAUCUGGUAAUGAGUCUUCGACCAACAGUUAUUGAAAUAACUCACAGUAGAAACCCAUUGUCAAACUUAGUGGCAGCUCUCAAGGAUAUCGAGCAAACUAAAUUGCAAGACUUUUUCGCAAGACUGAAGUUGCUUACUUUGGACAGGGCUGAUAUAUCAGUCGAUGAUCUACUCUUUCUUCUGCAGAAACUCAAGCUGCUCGAAGGCUUUUCGUUUUCUGAAAUGGACUUUACAAGAAAAGAUUGGGCUCGUCUCUUGCCAGAGUUUCAAAGGCUGAAUAUACGAGCUAUGGAGAUUACUAAUGAUAUACUGGAUACAGUGCUGGACAAAAUGAAUGUGGAGCUUGUCAAGUUGGCAACAUUCCCAGGAGUCAAAGUCGACAUGCUCAAGAAAUGUUCUGCAACGUUUGUCACUGUUUCAACACUCGUCAUCCAAGAGCUGGAUUACACAAAUGAUCAGGAUGCGGAGGAUCUAAUUGCUUGCGUUGAAACAAAGUUUCCUCGUUUGAAAACGCUUCUUUGGGACUGGAGUGUCGUAGAUCCCGCUGUUACAGCUGACGAGCGAUCGAAGAUUGUCAUUGGACGACUUGUGGGACUGUUCAGAAAACUGAAACUGCAAUGUUUUGCCAUCGUUACCUACACUCCUGAUGCUAGCACCAAGUAUGCCUCAGGAGAGUUGGCUCGUAUGCUAGCCGAAGCAGAUCUUCCGCUUGUCCAGCUGCAUAGAUUUGCUUCCAAAGGUUUAUCUGAGGGGCAAGAUAACUUUACGAUUAUAACGGCGGGAGAGGAUCGUGUGACGCGAGCCAAAAUCCACUCAAUUUUUGUGGAUGGUAGGACAUCUGCCCCCGACCUUCGACUUUUGCUCCAACUCAUUGAUGACUUCAGUCCAUCAUUAGAUAUUGUCAGGACCGUAGAGUUUGGUGGGUUUGACGCCGACUAUGUGAAGAAGACAUACGAUUCGAAGAAGAACGAAGAUCAGUCUUAAAGAAGUUUUUUUUCAUAUUUACAUUGAAUUUGUUUCUUGUUGAAUUUCAGA